UGAAACACAAACUUUUCCAACUUUUAGAAACACAAAUAAACUUGAAUUUUCUAAACUUAUUUUAGCAACUUUAAAUAUGAAACUUAAUUUAUUAUUUAUUAUAAGCAUUAUCUUCUCAAGUGACUUUGUUUUGAGUUAUUAUGGUCCUUUAAAAAUAAAUCAAACACCAAAAAUUGGUAAUUGGACAGAUGCUUGUGAUGAAUGCAAAAUCAUAAUUAACAAAAUUGUCGAAGUUGCAAAGGAUCCAACAAAAUUAGAGGAAUUGAAGCUUUUGCUUACUGCUAUGUGUGAAACAACUGAAUAUAGAGAGGAAUGCCGUCUUUUUGUUAAAAAACUUGAUUUGUUUAUAGACAGAUUACUUCCAUUUUUGGUAGGGGUUGAAAGGGGAAAUUUAAUUAAUUUGGGGUAA